AUGGACCUUGACGCCGUGAACCAGACCUUCGACCAUCUUGCCGGCAAAGCCCAACAGGAAGAGGGACUCUCCGCUCAGUCAUUUCUGAUCUCUCUAGGCGUCUACGGCGGCCUGCUCAUCCCAUGCGUCGGCCUGUUCACCUGGCUGAAGAAUGUGAGCCACGCGGUCUUCCAGCCGGGCUGCAUAGAGGACCAGGAGAUCCGGCCGCUGCCGCCGGGUAUCGAUUGGCUCAAGGGGCUGAAAGACAUGGUCAGCGACGACGAGACUCUGCAGCGGAAGCACGGGCUGGACAGCUAUUUCGUGAUGCGGUUCUUACACGUGGCCCUGAAAUUGCUGAUCCUGCCGUCGAUGACCGUCCUGCCCGCGCUGCUGCCGGUGUAUUAUACGGCCCGCAACGACAGCGUAGCAGGCCUGGACAAACUCAGUAUCUCGAAUGUGCCCGAGGACCAGGGUGCGCGGUGCUGGAUCAUCGCGAUCGUCGCCCUGCUUGCCAAUCUGUACUUCGGCCACGUCUUGUCAGACGAAUUCGACGUGAUCGCCCGCACCCGGCAGAGGUAUCUCCAGCGGGUCUCGCAGUCGGGGGUCAGCGCAACCAUCCUCGUGACCGAGAUUCCUGCCGAGAUCUGGAACCGGGAAACCUUGACGCAGAUAUUCGCGCAACUGGGCGGGGGCGCGGUGGAGGUGAUGCUCCUCCGCGAGAGGGAAUGUACGACCAAGGAGGCAGAAUACAAUCAGCUGCUCCACACGGCAGGGAGCCGACCGUCUGGGAAGCUGCGACUCCGCUCCAGAGUGAUGCAACCACAAGAAUGGGUCGAUGAGAUGUUGGGUCGCGGUCAUCUGCGACGGCGCCUUCACGGUCUGGCAGCGGACAUCCAGAGUAUCCGAAGUGUUGCGAUUCUGCGGUUCGCAUCGCUGUUCGCGGCCCACCUCAGUCUGCAGACUCCGCUGUCGUCGCAGCCAUCGACCAUGGCAACCCAUCUGAUCGACGAAUCUUCGAUCCAUAAUGCCAAGAUAUACCGGGGCCGGGCCGCCAGAGCCCUGCGGAACUGUACCGCCACGGUGGCGCUCGUAUGCCUGUCUCUGCUAUGGGUCGUGCCCAUCGCCAUGACCGGCCUGCUGUCCCAGCUGGUCUACCUCAGCUCCUUGAGCGCUCUUCUGGCUCGAUUGUCGAACACCCAACUGAGCUUCAUCCAAGCUCUUUUGCCGCAGGCCGGUCUUGCCGUGUUGAUGUACGGAUUUCCUCUGAUGCUUGUGGGGUUGGCGCGGCUGUUUCAUUGCUACAGCGAUGCGGCGCGACAGGUUCUUGUGCAGCGACAUUAUUUCUUCUUCCUCUACGUCCAGGUCUUCCUCGUAGUCUCGGUUUCCUCCAGCUUGACGACGAUGAUUCCAGACAUAUUCCGGAGCAUCCAAUCGGUGCCCACGAUGCUGGGCAAGAACCUCCCGAAAGCUUGCGACUACUUUUAUUCGUACUUGCUCAUGCAGGCGGUCACCCAGUGCGUCUUGGCAUUUUUCCAGCUCCCACAAAGUCUCUGGACGUGGCUUACCGCCCGCGUGCGGAGAUCCAGUCGUAAGGCCGUCACGUGGAGCCUGAUCUAUCCCGUGCUGACAAAUCUGCUGUGCAUCUGCCUGAUCUUCUCCGUGACGUCACCCCUCAUUCUUCCGGUUGGGACGCUCGUCUUUGGAUUGUUUGGGAUUGCGUACGCCUAUCAGAUCAUUUACGUGCUGGAGAGUACGGUGGAGACAGCAGGCAUGCUUUACUGGGAGGCGCUACAACAACUCUUUGUCGGCAUCUACACCUUAGACCUUUUUCUGGUUGGGCUCUUCAUACUGCGCAACGCGUAUGGGCCGGCCGUGCUGGCGGCCGUUGUACUCGCGCUAGUGGCCGCCCUACAGUACCAUUCGCACCAACGCUGCCGUCCUCUGGUUCAGUUUCUCUCCGCCAGCGUAUCCUGCGCCACUCCUUCAAGUUGA